AUGGCAAUUUGCUACUUGGGGACUUUCAUCCACGUGCAGGAGGAGGAGGAGGAGGACACGCCCCCGUUGGCCCCACGCUCAUUUUCAGCUCCCUCAGCACCGGCACGAUGGCAGCAUGAGAUGAGCAUGGACGAAUGUCAGUGUCGAGAGUACAUCGAGAAGUUGCCGGAGCGGCUCUUGGACUGGGCCGCCGCAGGGCCCUCCGAUCCUUCCAGCGCAGGUGCAGUCGCCGAGCCUUCGCAGCCCGUUGACAUUUGCCCGUCUGUCUCAGAGGAAGAUUGCACAUCCAGCUCUUUGGGCAGCAAAGGCCAUCCAGAAUUCUGCUCCAGGCCUUGUGUCUAUGUGAGCAAAGGGGCGUGCGUGAAUGGCCCGGCCUGCGCCUUUUGCCACUUGCCACACACAAGCACGACCAAGCUGGACAAGCGACAGCGGACCAUGCUGAACACUAUGCGCAACCCGGAGGUGCUCGCAUUGCUGCACUCUGUGCUGAGCGCAAAAGUGAAGAGGGCCAAAAAGAAGGGGAUCGACUUGCCCCUCCAGGAAAUCCUCAGGCUCUUGGAAGAGGAGAUGAUGACUGAGGAUGACUCCUUGUCGUCCACUUCCAAGCGCGAAUUGCAGAGCCUGCAGGGGGUCCUGUCCAAGAUGUCCGUCGCCAGCGUGCUUGGCCUGGCAAACAUCUCUCGCUUCAGGCUCGACCUGUGCGAUGGCAUCCGGGAUGCGCUGGCACGCCUGAGGUGA